AUGAGCCCCAGGGGCGCCCCAUCCCGAGUCCGCGGGGCGCUGACACGCGGCCCCCUCGCAGCUUUCUGGAGUUCCUUCUCCUGGCUCCCUGCUCCCCUCCCGGCAUUGGCCCCCGGGGCUACACGGGGCUCCCUGCUGGGCCUCUCCCAGCUAGCAGCUUCGGCAUGGCAUGGGCGAUCCCUCCCGCCUGCAGCCUCUCCCCCGCCGGCCCCUCCCGCCUUCCCCAGCUCCCUCCAGGGCUCAGCUCGAAUCCCAGCUUCAGCUGGAGCACACACUCAGACCUAUUUUCGCGUGCACGUGUGCAAAUGCGCACGCCACGCCCCACUCACACGCGAAGGCUCGCCUAGUAUCCAGGGCUCAGAAAACCCGGCCGCUUUCUCAUCCAAGUACUCCGCCUGCGCGGACUCCUCCUGGUACUACAAUUCCCAGCAUGCCUGGCAAACUGGAGUCGGCGGAUCCUUAGCCCUGGAUACCCCUCCGCCCGACGGAAGCGUGGAUUCUGGGAAAUGGAUGCGGGUCCUGAGGCUUCUUCGGCGCAGGCGCGGCGCCCUAGGACACGGGGUGUUCUCUCUUUUGAGAGCCAGCCUCGCGGAUACCGGCCUUGGGAGGCUUUUUAGGAGUCACUUACAAGUGAACAUUGGGCGUGGGCAGGUAGAGUGGGAGCGGAGCAGUGGUCUAGAAAAGAUCUUCACGGAGUGCUUGAGCGCCGCUAAAAGUAUCAGUGUCCACGGACGUGCAAUCCUCCUCGAGGCGAGCCCAAAACCUCUGGUCGCAAGGCAUGCUGGGAUUUGUAGUUCCGGACUGAGUCGGCGCAGGCGUAGCUCGGGUGAGGAAGCGGCCGGGUUCCGAGCCUGGAGCACUUCUUUAGGGGGCCUCUGCUGCUGGGGGGGCUGUGCUCUUCCUCAAGAAAGAAGAAUUACGGAGGAGGGAAUGACUUCUGCGCUCCUAACAGGCAGGCCCCAGACACCCCUGACGUUCCAGGAUGUGGCCGUGGACUUCUCCUGGGAGGAAUGGGGGCUCUUGGAACCUUCUCAGAAGGACAUGUAUUGGGACGUGAUGCUGGAGAACUACGAGAAUUUUGUCUCGCUUGGAAGCCUUCCUAUCUCCAUACCAGACAUGAUUUCCCAGAUGGAAAGGAUAGAAGCCCCAUGGAUGGCAGAGAAAGGAGUCCUGAUUAGCACUUUCCUAGAUUCUCUUAAUAAGAAGACAAGAUGUGAAACCAAGAGAUCUAUCAUAAAGCAGAAUGUUUUCAUGGGAGAACCAUUUAAAGAGAGACUCAUAAAGGAACGGCCUUGGCAUUCCACACUAGGAGAAACUCGGAAUUGUGAUGUCAGAUUAGAAAGGCAGAAAGAAAACCAAGAAAAACAAUCUCAGGAGGCAAUACUCAAUAACGAAUCUGUUCGUGAAUGUAACAUAUUUGGGAGAAAACUCAAUCUUGGAUCCGCUAUUAUUCCACAGCAGAGAGCCCAUGUAGAAGAAAGUCUUCCUAAAAACAGUAUACUUGGAAAGAGUAUAAAGCAACUUUUUGACCCACUUAAACCUAAGAGAAUCUUCAAUGGGAAGAAACUCAAAUAUAAUAAAUGCAGGAAACCCUUUAGUUACCAGUCAGACCUUAUUCUUUACCAUAGAACACAUCCUCAAGGAAAAUCCCAUAAAUGUAAUGAAUGUAACAAAGCCUUCAGCAAGAAAAGAAGCCUUAAUGCACACAAACUAAUUCAUACUGGAGAGAAACAGUUUGAAUGUAAUACCUGUGGGAGAAGUUUCAGAUACCAAUCAUCUCUUAAGCAACAUCAGAUUAUUCAUACUGGUGAGAAACCCUAUAAAUGCAAUGAGUGUGGGAAAGGCUUCAGCCGGAGGGGAAUCCUUAAGACACAUAAAUUAAGUCAUAAUAGAGAAAGCCAUUUAAAAUGUAAUGUAUGUGGGAAAGGCUUUAGGUACCCUAUAUCACUUAGGGUACAUAAGAAAAUGCAUACUGGAGAGAAACCCUAUAUAUGUAAUGAAUGUGGGAAAGCCUUCAUCCUGAAGGGGAACUUUAUAAAUCAUAAGAGAUUUCAUUCAGGUAAGAUGCCAUUUGAAUGUAAUGAAUGUGGGAAAGACUUCAUGCUAAGGAGAGAUUUUAAUAAACACAAGAGAAUUCAUACUGGUGAGAAACCCUAUAUAUGUAAUGAAUGUGGGAAAGCCUUCAGGUGGAAUGGAAGCCUUAAGUCACAUAAGAGAAUUCAUACAGGAGAGAAACCCUUUGUGUGUAGUGAAUGUGGGAAAGCAUUCACUAAUUAUCAAAGCCUAACUUACCAUCAAAUAUUUCAUCCUGGAGAGAAGGUCUUUCAGUGUAACGAAUGUGAGAAAGCCUUCACCCAGAGAGCAAAUCUUAAUCGACAUAAGAGAAUUCACACUGGAGAGAAGCCCUACAUAUGCAAUCAAUGUGGAAAAGCCUUUAUUGUGAUGGGAAAUCUUAAAAGACAUAUGAGAAUUCAUACAGGAGAGAAACCUUACAAAUGUAAUGAUUGUGGAAAAGCAUUCACCAAUCAUCAAAGCCUAAUUCAUCAUCAAACAACUCAUACUGGAGAGAAAACCUUUCAGUGUAAUGAAUGUAAAAAAGUCUUUGCCACAAGAGGAAACCUUAAUAUACAUAAGAAAGUUCAUACUGGAGAGAAACCCUAUGUUUGUAAUGAAUGUGGGAAAGCAUUCAACCUCAAGGGAAAUCUGAAUAUACAUAAAAAAAUUCAUACUGGAGAGAAACCUUUUGAAUGUGGUGACUGCGGAAAAGCCUUCAGACAGAAUGGAAGUCUAAAAAGACAUAAGAGAAUUCAUACUGGAGAGAAACCCUAUGAAUGUACUGAAUGUGGGAAAGCCUUCACCAAUCAACAAAGUUUAAUUUACCAUCAAGUAUAUCAUACAAGGGAGAGACCCUUUCAAUGCAAUGAAUGUGGGAAAGCUUUCAUCCAGAAAGGAAAACUUAACAGACAUUCAAGAACUCAUAAGGGAAGCCUUUAACUUGAUGGGGAAAAUGAAUACAUAUAAAAUAAUUCAUACACAAAAAACACAUUGAAUUUAAUUAAUGUUGCAAAGCCAUUAGCCAAAAGGGAAAAUAUGAAAUACAUUAAAAAAAUAGUACUGCAGAGAAGCCCUUUAAGUAAAAGUAGGGAAGCCUAAAUUCCUAUUAAUAUUUCAAAUUGAUAAGAAGCUGUCAGUAUUAGAAACAACUCAUAAUGGAGAGAAAACCUCUUAGUGCAAUAAAUGUGUCACAAGAGGAAACCUUAAUGGACAUAAGUUCAUACUGGAGAGCAACUCUGUAAUGAAUAUGGGUAAGCCCUCAAUUGGAAGGGAAGUCUCAAUUGAUGUAAGAGAAUUCACUUAGCAACAUGAUCUCUGAAUUUAGUUAACAUAAGAUUUUCACAAUCAAAGUCAAACCCAACAUUAAAUAUUUCAUACUUAAGAGGAAUAUUUUGAGUGUGAUGACUAUCAGAAAGCUUUCAAAAGGAAUGGAAACAUCAAAGAAUAACAAUUCUUACUAGUGACAAACUUUCUGAUUGUAAUAAAUGUAGAAGAGUCCAACUAUAUUUUACAUAAUAAAAUUCACCUUUGAAUAUAAUCAACAUAGGGAAAUGUUGAGGUCUAGCCCUUUACUAGAGGAACAUCAGACAAUUUGUACUGUAGAAAAAUCCAUUUAAACCUGAGGAAAAGUCUUCAGAAAAAAUGGAGUAUUAUAUUGCACAUUAAUGCAUUCAUAUUGGAGAGAACCCCUUUCAGAAUAACUGACUUAAGGACAGAGUGAUGUCAUUAUAGGCUGGGGGAGUAACUGCUGUUGGACAUGAGGGGAGGUAGAGUUCUGAGGAACUAAUGUGCCUUCUUUGAGAAAGAUGUUCAGAGAAGUAAAGGGGAAGCCAACAUGAAUUCAUAUAGAAAAUUGGUUAUGUAUUCUUUAACCUAGAGAAAGGGAUGAGGGUAGAAGUUGUAAUGAAGUAGAUUUCAGUGCAUUAUAAAAUCUAAGGAAACCUGGAAAGAUUGAGUCUAGCUGACAAAAUGGCAGUCCUGAGUAAUAAGCCAGGAUUGUGGUGCCUGUGUAUUUCUUAGCUCUUGUUCUCUUCCCUCAAUUUCAAUUGCACAGCGUUGAUAGAGGAUCUUAGGCAUAAGAUGGGCUCAAUGCUUUUGUCUACACACACCUCCUAUGGAACUUUAGGAAUAAUUAUCUAGGAAAUACUUUUUGAAAACAUUGGCUCAGAAUCUAUAGUAUGAUGGGAGUUAUGAGGAAUGUUCUAACCCAAGUUCAGAUCAUAACUGGUGCCAUGAACAUUAGCUUCAAACAACAGGAUUCAAAAGAGAAGACUUGGCUUGGGAGCAUUUAACCAGCUUUUAGUAGUUCCCCGGGUGGAUAUAGUGUCUUAAUUCCUCAAUCUGCACUAAAAGAGCAUCACCCUGACUUUUAUAGGGAAAGGCAUUUUAAACAGUUUUAUAGUAGAUGGGAGCAGAGAAUAAUGGAUAGCUCUUAAUGCCUGAAGCCCCACACAAGAUAGCAGAGUAUAGUCCAAGGACCAUGAAAUCAUUUUAGAGGCAAUACAUUGGAGAGUUGAUAUUCACCAUCCAGCAAAGGAAGUGUGAUACGUGAUGGAGGAUAGAUUCAGCGUCUAGCAGGGAAUAGGCUAUUGAUAUCCCAGAGGAUUUUAGCAUUCUGCAAUGUGGAAAUAAAUCAUCCGUUACACAUUUGCCAUUGCCAUAUUAAUUCCUGUUAUGUUUCUCUUCAUGUGUCUCAUUGACAAAUAUCUUAACUCUGUGUCUUCCAUGUUUGUUCAUGUAUGUACCCUCCAUAUAUGUACUUUCCAUCUGCUUUUCUGGUAAUUGUGGGAAAAUGUACCCCAUGUGUGUAUGGGGGCAUUUUAUUAUUUGCUAUGCUGUUAGAUUAAAUUCCUUUUGUUUUGAGUUAUUCUGUUUUUUGCAUGUCUGAUAAAAGAAAGCAUGCUUCUUGG